UUUGAAUCUAAGUCUCUCUCUCUCUCUCUCUCUCUCUCUAUCUCUCUCUCUCCCUCUCACUUGUUCACCAUUUCUGCUAAUUACCAAUCAUCCCGACCAAGUUAUCUUUGGUGGACUGUCGCUAAAUCCCAGUUCUUGUCCGUUUGAGUGCUGUCUCAGCAUUUACUUUUCUGUUCUUCAACUUCACUUUUCUCUUUCUGCUAAUCUUGAGCUCUGUUUCUUGAGCUCUGAAAGUGCCAUUUUAGAGAUGAUUCUUUAGAAAACUCCUCGUCCUUUUUUGCUCCCACCAGGUUUUUUUUCUUGCGGUUAUUGGUCAUCCGAGUGUUUGUUUAGUGAGAAAAUCUAGGUCCUUUCCUUUUAAUGAGGCGAAUUUGAGGGAAUCUUGGAAGGAAAAUGAGAUCUUGCUGUUCUUCACUUCUCCAGCUGUGUGUUGUUCUUGGAUUCCUCUUCAUUUCCUGUGAAUCGUUUCCCUCUAGUGAAGUUGAAGCUCUUAAAAGAUUCAAGGAGUCUAUUUAUGAUGACCCUUUGCUUGUUAUGACCAAUUGGAAUGCCCCAAAUUCGAGCCCCUGCGAUUGGACCGGCAUUUCGUGUUCUCCAUUUCGGGAUCAUGUCAUCAAGAUAAAUAUAUCCGCUUCAUCGAUUAAAGGUUUUCUUGCCCCGGAACUCAGUCAGAUUACCUACUUGCAAGAACUGAUUCUGCACCGCAAUAUUCUCAUGGGGACGAUACCAAAGGAGAUAGGAAAUCUGAAGAAUCUCAAAGUCUUGGACUUGGGAAACAAUCAGCUGACAGGACCGAUCCCUGCAGAGCUCGGGAACUUGUCCAGUAUCAUGAUAAUAAACCUUCAGUCCAAUGGUUUGACCGGAAAGUUACCUCCAGAUUUCGGUAACAUGAAGUACCUCAGAGAACUCCAUCUGGACAGGAACAGGCUUCAAGGAAGUCUUCCUGUUACUGGAACAUCACACUACUCGUCAAGAAUGGUUGCUUCAAGUUCAAACGUUACCGGAUUGUGCAAGUCAUCUACCUUAAAAGUUGCAGACUUCUCUUACAAUUUCUUCGUGGGAAGCAUUCCAAAGUGUUUGGAGUACCUUCCAAUAACGAGCUUUCAAGGGAACUGCUUGCAAAACAAGGAUCCUAAACAGCGACCUCCUACCCAAUGUGGCGGUGCUCCACUGGUUAAAACUCGUCAAAGUCCUAGCCCUACCCUUAAGCACCGGCCAGCUGAAACCGAGUCCAAGCAUCAUAAAGCAUCGAGACCCUCAUGGCUUCUGGCUCUCGAGAUAGUCACGGGAUCAAUGGUCGGUAUCUUUCUCUUGGUUGCAGUCUUCUCUGCAAUUCACAGGUGCAACAAUAGGUCUUCUCUCAUCAUUCCCUGGAAGAAAUCAGCAAGUGAAAAGGAGAAGUUCACAGUAUACACAGAUUCUGAAAUGCUGAAGGAUGUAAGAAGAUUCACAAGGCAAGAGCUUGAAGUGGCAUGUGAGGACUUCAGCAAUAUCAUUGGUUCUUCUGCUGAUAGUCAGGUCUACAAAGGAACAAUCAAAGGAGGAAUGGAGAUUGCUGUGAUAUCUCUGUGCAUCAAAGAAGAAGAUUGGACUGGCUACCUCGAGCUUUAUUUCCAAAGAGAGGUUUCGGAUUUAGCUAGGCUCAACCAUGAGAAUGCGGGAAAAUUACUCGGAUACUGCAAAGAGAGCACACCAUUCACAAGGAUGCUUGUCUUUGAAUACGCAUCAAAUGGAACACUUUAUGAGCACCUACACUGUGGAGAAGGAUCAUUGUUAUCAUGGGCAAGACGCAUGAAAAUCGUUAUAGGAAUUGCUCGUGGUCUGAAGUACCUUCAUACAGAACUCAAUCCUCCAUUCACAAUCUCUGAGUUGAACUCCAACGCAGUAUAUCUCACUGAAGAUUUCACUCCUAAGCUGGUUGAUUUCGAGUGCUGGAAGACGAUUCUCGCAAGAUCGGAGAAGAACUCGAGAAAUAUCAGUAGCCAGGGUGCUAUCUGUGUACUCCCUAACGCAAUGGAACGUCGAUAUUUGGAUGUGCAGGGAAAUAUCUACGCGUUUGGUGUUCUUUUGCUGGAAAUUGUCAGUGGAAGACCUCCUUACUGCAAAGACAAGGGUUGCCUCGUUGAAUGGGCAAAGGAAUUCAUUGAAGUGCCGGAUGUGAUGGGGAAUUUGGUGGAUCCGGAGCUGAAGCACUUCAAGCAGGAAGAGCUGAAGGCUAUAUGUGAAGUGACCAGCCAAUGCAUAAACCCAGACCAGGACAAGCCUCUGCCUCCAUCAAUGCAAGACUUCUGCGAGAUGUUGGAGAGCAGAAUCAGUCUGUCAAUCUCUGCAGAGCUCAGGUCUUCUUCUUUGGCCUGGGCCGAGCUUGCACUUGCCUCGUGAUGAGUUCAAGAUCCUGAGGAGAAAGAAGAAGAAAAAGACUCCAUUGCUAACUAAGCCAACUCUGUAAAUCAAUUAAUGGUGUUUACAUUCAUGUCUUUUUGAUUUGACAGUGUUCAACCUCGGUUUUUUUCCCGGGUCUGGGGUAUGUUUGUAUGUAGAGGAGAGGAUAUUUGGUGAAAAGGGAACAUAGAGGUAAGACUCUGUGUACUUAGUGAGAAGUAUGUGAUGUUGAGAAAUGUUUUCAGGUCAAACAGUUGAUAUAUAAACA